ACGCGGCCACGCCACCGACGGCUGCAAUUUGGUGAUGUCGAGGACAGCAUCAAGAGAGCGGCCGAGGCAAAUGCGACCAUCGCUGACGCCAAGGAUUGGGUCGCUCGGCAGAAGAUGAGGGCAAGACGGCUGAAACGGCAUCGACCAUCCCGUUAUAGGAAGAUGGCAGCCCAGUGGUACGAGGCAUGGAUCGUUGAGGGGCUCUUGCGCCAGAAACCCCUGCCGCCGAGUGCUGAUGGUAGGCACAUCCCGCUUGGCCCGGGCGUAGCACGACGAAAGGGCGGCCUCGUGGACGAACGACGGGGCAGGCCGUUUAUAUCCAACUUCAUCAGGUCCAGCAGGUAUACCGUCUGGUCCUUCCUGCCCAAGCAGUUGUUCUUUCAGUUCAGCAAACUCGCCAACGCAUAUUUCCUUACUAUUGGCAUUCUUCAGAUGAUACCCGGUCUCAGCACCACAGGCACGUAUACCACGAUUGGGCCCUUGCUGGCGUUUGUUGCUCUCAGCAUGGCGAAGGAGGGGUGGGAUGACUAUAGGAGGUACAAGAUGGACAAGCUCGAGAACAGGACAGAGGCUUGUGUGCUGGAUCCGGACGGCAGCAUCUCUAACGAUGGCAGACGUCGCAGGGGGGUGCUCCGAGAGAAGUUUCGCAGGCAGAGAGGCGAGGCGGAGGAGAUGCAGGAUCUAAGCGAGGUGCUCGAACGAGAAGACGAGAAUCCGCCAUGGUCACAAGAUGAGGACGUACACUGGUCCAAGAUGCAGUGGCAGGACAUCCGCGUGGGCGACAUUAUCAAGCUGCGCCGGGACGAACAACUGCCUGCAGACGUCAUCCUCCUGCACGCCACAGGCCCAAAUGGCGUUGCGUACAUCGAGACAAUGGCUCUCGACGGCGAGACGAACUUAAAGAGCAAGCAGUCCUGCCCCCUGUUUACGCAACACUGCGGAGCACUGUCUGCUCUCAAGGCCUGCGAGGCUGAGGUCGUCUCCGAAGAUCCUAACCUGGACCUCUACAACUACGAGGGCAGAGCUGUUGUGAACGGAGAGGCAAUGCCCCUGACGCUGAAUCAAGUGGUGUACCGAGGAUCGACCCUGCGGAACACAAACGAGGCUGUUGGUCUGGUGAUUAACACCGGCGAGGAGUGCAAGAUCCGGAUGAACGCGAACAAGAACGUGCGCGCCAAGGCACCGGCCAUGCAGGCCAAGGUUAACAAAAUCAUCAUCCUGCUCGUCCAGUUCGUCGUCAUCCUCGCCCUCGGCUGCUCCCUUGGCAAUAUCCUCUGGGUGCGUUCCACCGAGAAAUCCGCCUGGUACCUGGACAACUACGUUCUGCCCUUCGGCAAAAUCCUCGUUGCGUUUGUUAUCGAGUUCAACACAUUGAUCCCCCUCUCUCUGUACGUCUCAUUGGAGAUUGUCAAGCUUGGACAGGUCAUGCUGCUCAGGGACAUCGACAUGUAUGACCCCGUAUCGAAUACACCCAUGGUCGCCAACACCACCACAAUUCUCGAGAACCUGGGUCAGGUCAGCUAUGUCUUCUCUGAUAAAACAGGCACGCUGACAGAAAACAUCAUGCGCUUCCGCAAGAUGAGUGUGGCUGGCAUGGCCUGGCUACAUGACAUGGAUGUCCAACGCGAGGCUGAAGAUGAGAGAGGGAGACAGAUGUCAGGAGCUCAUGCCCAUCACGACAAAGGGAAGAAGACUGUUCGAGCCUCGAGCAGCACCAUGAGGUCAGAUUACAUAGAAGAUCACAGCACAUACGGACGAGCAUCCACCGCCAGUGCUCCUCGAAGAUCUGGUUCGAUCUGGACAUCGACCGCACAGCCCAGCCACGCCCAGCCCCAGCUCAAGACCGACGAUCUGAUCGAGUACAUCCGCAAGAAGCCCAACACUGCUUUCUCUAAGAAGGCCAUCCGCUUCAUCUUGUGCAUUGCUCUGUGCCACACCUGCCUACCAGAGAAGAAAGCGGACGGCACAGUUGCAUUUCAGGCGGCUUCUCCAGACGAGCUCGCUCUUGUCGAGGCUGCUAGAGACCUCGGCUUCCUUCUUGUCGACCGGCCUGCGCAAACGAUCAAGCUACAGUUCCCAAAUGAGCAUGGCGUUGUGGGCGAGGAGACCUAUGAGGUCCUCGAUGUGAUCGAGUUUAGCAGCAAGCGCAAAAGGAUGUCCAUCAUCAUCCGCAUGCCAGACGGCCGCAUCUGCGUGUUCAGCAAGGGAGCUGACAGUGUCGUCCUGCCCCGUCUCAAACAGAGCAAGCUGGCUAUGGAGACGGCGUCGGCUGUGGACCGGAAAGCAAGCAUCCGGAAGAGCAUGGAGCAGGAGAAGGCGCUGCGCAAGCUCAGCGUACAGAGUCCGAGGAACAGCACGUCGCUUGCUCGAGCCACCAGCAACUUCAGUCACAGAACUGGCCUUUUCGGCAGAAAGAGCACCGGGAAGCGGUCUACGAGCAUACGGCGCCCGAGCUUCGUCACUGAGGGAAUUGCUUCUCCCAUCACGACCCGGGAGGGUGAAACCACUGCUGGAGCAAGACACGAUGACGUACUUCUGUCUCCACGGACAUCUGUGUCUCGUGGUCGAUCUAUGGAGCUGCUUGCUUCUCCAGACGGUUUGCAUGACGAUCCCUAUCAAGGCAUGGUGGAUGAGUCCAUUGCGGUGAGCGACAGCGCAGUCUUUGAGCGCUGCUUCCAGCACAUAGACGACUUUGCCUCUGAGGGUCUACGUACACUGCUUUUCGCUUACCGCUAUGUGGAGGAAGAUGACUAUAAGCAGUGGAAGGCAGAGUACCACGCGGCCACCACAAGUCUCGUCAACCGCCAAGAGCGCAUCGAAGCCGCAGCCGAACUGAUUGAGCAGAAUUUCGACCUGGCCGGCGCCACUGCCAUCGAAGACAAGCUGCAGCACGGUGUGCCUGAGACCAUCGACAUGCUGCGUCGUGCAGAAAUCAAGGUCUGGAUGCUGACGGGCGACAAGCGGGAGACGGCUGUCAAUAUCGCACACUCAGCGAGGAUCUGCAAGCCCGUAUCGGAGAUCUAUAUACUGGAUGCCACCCAAGGCUCGCUGCAGGACAAGAUUGCCGCUACAUUGGUCGACGUCGGUCGAGGCAUGGUGCCACACUCUGUGGUUGUGAUUGAUGGACACACGCUUGGUGUGGUGGAGGGUGACGAGGCUCUCAAGGUUUUGUUCUUUGACCUCGUCGCACGAGUGGACUCGGUUAUUUGCUGCCGUGCCUCGCCAGCACAAAAGGCUACUCUUGUCCAGUGCAUCCGCCACUGUGUCCCGUCCUCGUUGACAUUGGCUAUCGGCGACGGUGCCAACGACAUUGCGAUGAUCCAGGCUUCCCACGUCGGCAUCGGCAUCUCGGGCCGCGAGGGCCUGCAGGCGGCCAGGAUCUCAGAUUACAGCAUCGCACAGUUCAGGUUCCUACAGAAGCUUCUCUUCGUGCACGGGCGGUGGAACUAUAUCCGCACGGGCAAGUAUAUCCUCGCCACCUUCUGGAAGGAGAUGAUGUUUUAUUUGGUCCAGGCCAUGUACCAGAGGUACAACGGCUACACUGGGACCUCCUUCUACGAGUCCACAAGCCUGGCGGUGUUCAACACCCUCUUCACCUCGCUGGCCGUCAUCCUCCUUGGUAUGUUUGAGCAGGACCUGCGAGCCGAGACCCUCCUGGCCAUGCCGGAGCUGUACACGUACGGGCAGAAGAACAAGGCCUUCAACUUCCGCAAGUACAUCGGCUGGACCAUCAUGGGCGUGCUCGAGGCCGUCUUCAUCUUCUUCGGCACAUGGGGCAUCUUUAUGCACAUCACCUUCGACCGCGACAACGGCCUGUUUGCCAUGGGCGACCUCGCCUUCACGGCGGGCGUCGUCUUCAUCAAUACCAAGCUGCUCGUCCUCGAGCUGCACAACAAGACUGUCGUCACCUUCAUCGGCUUCUUCAUCUCGGUCACUGGUUGGUUCUUGUGGAAUUUGUUCCUGUCGGCCAUCUAUAAGAAGGAGUCUGGGCCGUAUACAGUCCGGGAUGGCUUCAUGGACAACUUCGGAAAGACGCCUACGUGGUGGCUCACGCUCGUGAUGGUAUUGGCCAUGCUCGUCGUGUUUGAACUUGCCGUUACUGCCCUGCGCAGGAUCUACUGGCCCCAGGACCAGGAUCUUGUGCAGGAGCUGGAGAAAUUCGGCGAUGCGGUGGGCAGCACAUCAGAUCGUGCUUCUGCUGCCGAGCUGGGCGAAGCAGCGCAGGAGGAGGUGGAAGAGGAGGAGGAUGGCCAGCAGACGGGCCACAACAACAAGAUCCCGCCGCGGCCAUCCACCUGGAGCAAGGGCAUGUCAUGGCAUUGGCGCGGCCACAACAGGCGACAGAGCAAGACAGUCAGCGGUGACGUCUACGUCGCGCCACCCCUUGUCGCGCCACCUGAUGAGACGAGCGGCAGCGAGCUCAACGCGAUGGUGGACGAUACUAGAUCUGAGGGGAUGUCGAAAGGCGAGAAACUGGGGACACGGGGUACCAGCACGAGCGUGAGCGAGGUUCAGCCUGAGGCAGUGGGUGGUGGAAGUAGUCGCGGAGGACGCUGGGCUGGGGAAAUCUUGAUGUCUGGCGCGCAAGGAGGGUUUGUGCAAAGUCCUGUUGAGUUGGAUAGUAGCAGUCCUCAGAGCAUUAGUCAUGAUGAUUUGCAUGAGAGGUAG